AUGAAAGAUGAUGAGAAUAAUAGCGACAUAAAUAAUUCGAGCAUUGGAUCAAAUUAUAAUGAUGACUAUAGUGAUUUGGAAGAUUUGCCCGAAUAUGAAAGGGAACUAAUAUUGGCAAAAAGGCAUGAAGAAUAUAUGAAAAAAAAGCAUAGAAAAAUAUUAUUAAAAAAAAUAAAUGUUGAUAAUAAAAUAGAAAAAAAUGAAAGUGAUAAUAAAAAAACAACACAAAAAAAAAGUAAAAAAAAAUCUACAGAAGAAUGUACGAAAUAUAAUAUAAAUAACACACCUAUUGAAAGUAAUAAAACAAAAAGUGCUGUUAUCGUUAAAAGAAUUAAAAAUGAUAAAGAAGAAACUGAUUAUUCUGACAAUUAUGAAAAUUCUGAAAUAAAAAGAAAAACAAAAAAAAAACAAACUAGUUCUCUAGUGUCUAAUAAAGAUCAAGGAAAAAAAAAAUUAAGAAAUCUUGAAAAAGAAGAAAAAAAAAAAGAUCCAAAAAAUAAACAUAAAAAUUAUACUAGCUCUUCUUAUGAAAGCUCAUCAAUUUAUUCAGAUAAAAGUUAUCGUAAAAAAAAAAGUAGAAAAGAUAAUAAUAUCCCUAUUAUUUCUGAAAACAGUAAAAAAAGACUGAUUCGAAAUAAAAAUUAUAAUAGCAGUUCACAAGAUGAAAAUCAAAAUGAUAAAUAUAUAGGAGAUGAAAAAGUUAAAUCAAAAUUAGGAAAAAAUUAUACAAUUAGUGAAAAUAAAAUAAAAAAUGAUGACAAAUAUGAUGAUGAUAAUAAAAUAAUAAAUGAUAAAGAAGAAGAGUUAUUAAAUAAAAAAAAAAAAAAAGGAUGGGACACAUCCGAGGAAAUUACUACAUUGCUUAAUAAAAAAAGAGACGAUCGAUCUCAUGAAUAUAUUUCAUCAGGAAAAAGUAUACAAAUAAAAAAUAAUACUAAAUAUUCAAAUGAUCAAGAUAAAACCAUUUUUAAUGAUUUAAAAAAAAAAAAAAAAAAUGAAAAUUUUGAAAAAAGUCAAAGUCCUGUAAAAGACACUGAAACACCUGAACGGUUAAUACAAUUAUAUAAAGAAGAAAAAAAAAUAAAGCUAGAUAUUUAUAAAUAUAUGACAUAUGAAAUUAUAAACUAUUUUCAAUUAAAAAAAACAUUCCUUUUAGAUAUGAGUGAACAUAUAAAUUUUCCUUAUUAUGUUAUUGGACAUGUUGUAAAAAUAGAUGAUUUACCUAAACUAAUAAAGACAUCAGAUUAUGCAAAAAAUAAAAAUUAUAGUAAUAAUAAUAUAACUGGAAUAGAAAAAAAUAAAAAUAUUUUUUUUUUAAAAAAUGUAAUUAAAUGUGAUAGUUAUUUUUGUAUAGAUAGAUAUACUAAUAUUAAAUUUGAGAUAUCUCAUUUAGACAAUCUAAAAAAUAUCAAUUUUUUUAAAAAAAUUAAAAAAUUAAUGAAUAAAAAUAAAAAAAUAGGAAUUAAUGAAUUAGACAAUAUCGAAAAUAAUAAUAUUGAUACUACGUAUAUAUGUGAUAUUAAUAAUAUAUCUGAUGAAAAACUUACAACUGAUGAAUAUAAUCAUUUAAAAUUAUAUUCCAUUAAUACUGAAAUAUUAAAAAAAUUUAAUAUUUUUUUAAAGGAAAAAAUAGAAGAUUUAAAAAAUUUCCAUUACACUGAAAAACAAAUUCAAGAUUUGGUCGAAAUGAAAAAAAAAAAAAGUUUUUAUGAAAUUUUUCAAAAUAAUAAAACUAUAGAUGCUUUGCCUAUAUCUAGAAUUGUUGUACAAAGAGAGAUAUGUUCUAUUUUGAGAGAAAUAGAUACACUAAAUUAUUCGAAAAAAAAAAUAAAUGAUGUAUAUAUGAUAUCCAAGAUAAAUAAACAAAUUGAUGAGUUAACCAAAAAGAAGGACAUAUUGCGAGAGCAAUUGGAAAAAACACGAAGUACUCUUACUUCAAUGAAAACCCAAGACAGCAUUUCUUAUGAAACGGGAAAAACAAUUUCCCCAAAAAAAUUUCCAAAAUCUUAUUAUAAUUCAGGACUAACUGAUGAUAAUUUCAAAAACAUUAUAGGAGAUGAAAAAAAAAACAUAGCAGACAUGGCAAAUCACAUAAAUGACGAAAAAAAAAAUUUCAAUAGUUAUAUAACAAAUAAAAUUUUUGAUUUACCUAUGGAUUCACAUAAUAAAAUUAUGCAUCAUUUUUUACAUGGAAGUUUACAAAGUAGCGAGGAAUUAUUCAAUGAUAACUUAAAAAUUCAUGAUGAUGAAUAUGACCUUUUUGGGGUUAACAUUGAUAAGUACGUAACUAGCUUUGAGAUUUUGAAAAAAAACAUGAACAAGCAAGAAGAAAAUUGCAAAACAAAUUAA